AUGAACAUCCGCGCUGCAGCGGGCGUUUGCUCUCUCGUUGGCUCCCACAACCAGCGAGCGACGAUCACAGAGCUCAACUGGAUCGCAUCUUUACCCAACCUUGCCUGUGCUCGCGGUAACCCCCAUUUUCGCGGUGGCAACUGGCAAAACGAUGUCCGUUCACUACCUCCCGCAGAGGGCGAUUUGCAGCACAAGACCGGCGUUGUCACAUGGCAUAGGGCUCCUGGAGGGAAGUUCUGGUGUACGGGACGCCGCGACCCGCGCCCACACCUUAACCCCGGCCCGCCUCCGUACUCCUCCACGACAGGCUGGUACUCGAUUGACUGGACAUGGAACGGCGAAAUAGGCGGUGAUUUUCUGGGAGAAGCAUGGUGGAAGCCUGACUGGCCGCAUACCGCCGGGCGGUACACACAUCGUUCGCAAUACCGGAGCUUCCUUUGGAAUCCCAAGUGUGACAAAUACCUCAUUGGCGUUAUAGACCAAAAUGUGUGCGCACUUUCACCGGAGGCGUUUGACCUUCUUAUCAUGAUGGCCAACGACGUCGAAGCCAUCAGUCAAGGUGCCAUCGACCUCUGCGCUGGCGAUACCGAGUAUCACAGCUUACCCCGAGGCGCGUUGGAUUCCAUACGUCCUGGACCAUGUCCUCGGCCGGAUAACCCGGAUUGGAAGCCUUUUGGGACACUAUCAGAGCAACGUGGACAGCUCGACACCGCUCGUGCAUCAUUCGUAAGCCAUCUUGGCUUGGCCGCUAUACUGUUGCGUGGUGUUCCCGACAAGGACCUCGUUCUUACCCUGCCACGACGCUGGAUCUACCCUUCCUUCCCGGGUGGAACGUUCUACGACGCAAUUGAGGCUUAUGACGUGGCCCAUGGUCGCAUGGCUGGGAUCGUUCUUGAUCUUAACCUGGAACCUGCUUCGCACCCUCCUCUAUCUCUUUUGGCGCAAUGGGGAGUCCGCUACAAAUUCUACGAGCCGAACACUCUUCAGCCCGCGCGCAGCAUGCAACCGAAGGACUGGUGCUGGAAGGACGUGGCUAACUGGGCUACAUGGCCUGCAUUAGAGAUGCUCCGCGCCUACGAAGCGACAUACGGCCGUGCGCAGUCGCUACCUGCUGGUUAUGAUCCCAUUUUGGAGAAGUUCAACCAGUAUAUUCUAAUAGAACCCGUCGACAACGCCGAUUCGCGGUUCGAGAAGUUCCUGAGACAUGUCUUGGACGGUCUUGAGCAGCAUGCCGAGGAACGGCUUGUUCAACUGUUCCAUACACGGGUAGUUACGCGCGAUGAAAUCAUCAGAUACCGGUAUUGCCAAAGAAUGGAUUACGAGGAGGAUAUUCUCCGCGGCUGCCUUCUAUUCAAGUCGUGGACUGACGAUCAUUAUCGCAAGAACGCCUUUCUGCGGGCUAAAGGGAGGGGCAUCACGCGCACUCCACCUCCAGACGACGACGAAGAUUCUCUCAGCGAUUGCGAAGUAGCCAUUGACCAGACUCUUAUGGCGCGCCUGAGGGACCACGGCCUACGCUUACCUUCUCCGCUACCAACUCGUCCAUGCUAUGGUCCGCAGUUACCGAAUCAUCCUUUCCCAUUGGCUGUUGAAGCGGCGGCAGAGCUUCCUGAUGCAUGGGCAGAUGUUCUCAUGCAGUCGAUGCCUCCUCCACUGCGCAAUCUGAGGGAGACACAUAGUCCAAUUGCAGACGUCAUAGUCAAGAGCGAGCCGGCGGAUGAACCAAUGGCUCUUGACGAUCCCCAAUCUGCGCUUAUAUUAGAGUCGAGUGCUCAGUCCGCGAACGCAACAUCGGACGCUUCGUAUGACCAUACGGGCUCGCUGCACCUCAACUCCUCAGACGAGUUGACGCAGCACGGCCAUGGCGCGGUCGCAUCGAUGCAUUCUUCCGCCCCGAUGCCUUCUCCCUCGCAAGCAGAUCCAUCGAUGAUUGCGCCCGAGCCUUUGGUCCCUCAACUCCCUGCCAAUACGGUGCAUCAAUUUCUUUCAGGUACCGUCACUCAGUUUCCUCUAGAAGCUGGUAGGUCUGAACCAGCGCUCACAGUCCCCACGAUCAUACAUCCUACGAACAUUCCAGCGGGACCGCUUCGUCGGCCAGUGCGGGGUCCCCCCAUUCACCCAACCUUUAAUGUGUGCUGGCCAACUUCGUCGGCGCCAUCUUCUCUUGAAGGGACCUUUGACGAGAUAAUGGGCGCAAUAUUCCCUCCUGCUGUUGUAGACGUUUCCGCUUUGCGCCCUAUGCCGAUCGUUCCACAUCUGACAGCACCGAUCGGAGAAGGAUGGGUCCGCUUCCCGCCAGCAACACAUACGCGAUACUUGGCCUGGACUCGCCGAAACACAAGAAGCAUUAACGACUUCAUUCGUCUUGCAGCUAGUCGAGGCAUGGCGUUCGAAUUUGGACGAGUUGGCUCAGCUCAGCAGCACAAAAUCGACGCUGAAGGCUGGUGUUUGCCUCACGACCUUACAUUUGCUCAGUGGGGUUACGGGCUUCAGCUUCUGCCAACACAUAUUUGCUCUGAAUUCUUCCGGCAAGGAGGGGUUGCCUGGCGACUGAUGCUGGAGUAUCUGCCUUCCACGGUUGUUAGCGACGCACUGCAAGGCCCUUCCAUUCACGCUUGCGUACCCUUGUUGGGGGAAGAGCAAUGGCCAGCAAAUGUGGUUGUUGACCGGCCGACCGAGAGGCAAUACGCCAUACUCACGGGUCGCUGUAGUGAUGGCAAGUCGUGGUGGCCUCACCCCGAUGUUUGGGACGCGAUUUCAUCGGGAGAGUGGGACACGCGUUACGAAAAGUGGUUCAGCACGCGCAUAGCAGAGGGACACAGAGGUCAAGCUACACGGAUGUUAGACACCGCCUGGUUUGCACCGUUGAGGCGCAGUACGCCUACAGCGGUACGCGCGCGGCUGAAGUACGCGGAUGCCCGGCUAUAUCCCGUACUGUUAACGCUCGCGGGGGACAAUGGCACCCACACGCUUGAAGUCGGUAGAUCCGCCACGGCAAGAGACGCAAUGACCAAUGAACGAGACACGCCUAUGGACAGUUAG